GACAUCAAUGACUGGCUGGGACUGCCAGCAUUCCAAAAAGGAUAUCGUCCUCAUCUGCAGCCAUUCAGGGCAGUGGGGUGGAGCCUGCAGCACAAGCUGAAACAUUUACAGGUGCAUAAGUAGGUAGGGAAGGGCACAGGUGAUGCACCUGUCUCAGGAAAGGAGCACUAGCACAGCUGUGUUAUAACUUAUCAGCUGCCUGUGUUAGAGCAUGAGCUCCUUUGAUCCACAAACGCACUCUCCACCACGCUGCAGUCCACAAUUUCCAAAUAUUGGUCAAGAACCUCCAGAGAUGAGUAUCUACUAUGAGAACUUUUUCCAUCCACAGAACAUCCCUAGUCCACAGCGACCGAGCACCUUUGAGACAACGGAUUACAACACCACUCCCAAUCCUUAUCUCUGGCUAAAUGGACCUUCCAUUACCCCACCACCAUAUCUCCCAGGACCCAAUGCCAGUCCCUUCAUUCCUCAGUCUUACGGGAUGCAAAGGCAGCUCUUGCCUAACAUGCACGGCUUGGGAGGAACUGACCUUGGCUGGCUUCCUCUCCCAUCCCAAGAAGAGCUCAUGAAGUUGGUUAGACCACCUUACUCCUACUCUGCACUUAUUGCCAUGGCUAUCCAUGGAGCACCUGAAAAGCGGCUGACUCUCAGUCAGAUCUACCAGUAUGUGGCUGACAACUUCCCGUUUUAUAACAAAAGCAAAGCUGGCUGGCAGAACUCCAUACGGCACAACUUGUCUCUCAACGACUGCUUCAAAAAGGUACCCCGAGACGAAGAUGAUCCAGGAAAAGGGAAUUACUGGACUCUGGACCCGAACUGUGAAAAGAUGUUUGACAAUGGAAACUUUCGCAGGAAGAGGAAAAGGAAGUCUGACAUUGGGGCUAGUGCUGCCACUCUUGCAUCUGAGAAAUCAGAGGAUAGUGCACUGGCUGGCAGCCCCAAAGCUGUAGAGCAUCAGGAUAUCUUGGAAAACUCAUCACCUGGGACUGACAAUUCACCUGAGAAAGGAUCUCCAUCUCCAUCUUCCAGUAGCCCAUGCCUCAGUAACUUCCUCUCCAGUAUGACUGCAUAUGUUAAUGGCUCUAACUCAGGGAGCCGUUCAGUGCCUUUAGGACUCAACUCUGAACCCAUUGACAAAAUGGGACAGAAUAUGGUAGGCUUUAAUUCCUACUCUCCAAUCUCUAAUAUCCCCAGUCAUGGUGUGGGAGAGUGGUCCAAUUCCAUGCCUUCUAGCCACCUUGGCUACAGCAGCUCCGUGCUCAACCAGUUUAACAGCCAUUUUUACAGCAGUAUCAGCACAAACAACAUGCUGUAUUCCAGGGAAGGAACAGAGGUUUAAAUGAAGGAUUCUAAGAUGCCCAAGUAUAGCUAUUUAUGAGAGGAAAUGAUCUGUGGGCAGAUGAUUAGUGUUAGCCUGUUGUCUUUGGGACCCCCACUGCAUCCUACCUUCUGACAGCCGCAAACUUGUUACCCAUUAUAAUUAUUCAAAUCACAAACACUCCACAUUCGGCAGCUCCACUUAAAAAAUCAGGGAUCAUAACAGCAAGAGUAGUGAAGAGUUUUCCUGAGACACUGUGCUUGUAUUGCUGCUAACCAUGGUCCUCUACAGACAUCCUUGAGAAGUUACUGUUUGCCUUAGGCAUGAAGCUUUUUCUGGCAUGGUACUGAUAUUGCUAUGCUUUUAAAGUGCUAAAAUAAACGUGGUUAUAUCUCUAAAUAUCCUCUCUUGCUGAUAUAGGCUGCCUGUACUAGAUAUUCUUUAGCAAGUUCUUAUUUGACCAAAGCUAUUCUGAGACACUGAAGGAUCUAUAAUAAAAACUACUGUAUAGUGAGUAACAACCAACAUUUGAAUGGUGAGUGCUGUCUUUGGUUUUCUCUCAUACUAGUGCAUAUAUUGUCUAAAUUUUGAUCCCCUUUCAGCCCCAAGGGGAAUAUGGCUAUGAAGCAAACUAGCAUCAUCAUGCACACAACAGUCAUUCUGAAACUGAAGGGAGGCAUAACAAAAUCUAAUGGAAUUGUCUUCUGCUGGUGCAGUUGGAUCUUAAUGUUUUCAAU